AUGUCAUCGAUUUUGGCCUGGGCCUCGCGCCGCGUCGGCGGCUUGGCCAUGCUGGGCUUGUUGGGUUUGAGUUACUGGGUUAUCUCAAAGGAAUCAGCUGCUUCUGCACACAACUAUUUGCACGAGGAUAGCCUUAGCUCUUCGACUUCGACUACCAAAGGCGCUGGCAUUUGGACCGAAAUCUACGCCUACUACUGCUUGUUUAUCCACAUCCUCGUCUUCGCUUUCCCUCUCCGAUGCUGCUGGGCUGUCUUUGACAUGACCCGCCAGCUGAAGAAGAUCGCUCGCAACAGGACCCUCAGAGACUAUAGACUCUCCCACCGCCGCCGUGGUUCCUCGACCUCCUUAUCCAGCUCGGAGACCCUCACGUCCUCCCACGGUGGUUCUGCGUCUAGCAGUGAAGCUGGCGACAUGGAGCCCGAACUAUACACCGAUGGUGAUGCUGAACCCGACCGCGUCAUCCACGCUAUUAUCGUUCCCAACUACAAGGAGGAGAUGGAUACCCUGAAGGAGACUCUCGAGGUGCUGGCUUCGCACCCCCAAGCUCGCAGCUGCUACGAUGUCUACUUGGGAAUGGAACAACGCGAGCCCAAUGUCGAGCUCAAGGCCAUGACCCUCAUUCAGGAGUUCGUCAAGAAGUUCCGCAGCAUCGACUACACCAUCCAUCCGUCCGACAUCCCAGGUGAAUCCGCUGGCAAGGGAAGUAACGUGGCAUGGGCUGCCCGCAAAUUGAGCCAAAAAUAUUCAAUGACCACCCGCAAGGAUGUGAUCAUUACGGGUCUUGACGCCGACAGCCACCUCUCAUCCAACUUCUUCGCUUUACUGACUACCAUGCACCUGGCCUAUCCCGAAACAGCAAAGACCACCAUGUACGCGGCUCCAAUCAUCUUCGACCGCAACGCCCACAGUGUUCCCGCCAUUGUCCGUGUCGCCGACAUCCUUUGGGGUGCUGGUGGUAUGUCGGGACUGUACUCCGGAUCUACAAUCGCGCCUCCCACCUCCGUCUACUCCGUGCCCUUGGAACUUGUUGACCGCGUCGGCGGCUGGGACUGCGAUAACGAGGCUAUUGGAGAAGAUUUGCACAUGUACCUCAAGUGCUUCUUCGCGCUGAACGGCAACUUGACCGUCAGGACUGUCGUCAGCCCCGUCAGUCAGAGCAACGUCUGUGGCGAUGGCUCCAAGGGUCUCCGCGGUAUCUACUCGGACAUGCAGGCUCGUUACAAGCAGGCAAUGAGACAUAUGUGGGGUGCUCUCGAUUCCGGAUAUGCGCUCCGAAAGGUUGUCGAACUCUGGCAGGAAAGGAAGCACACCUCUCGCGCUUUCCGUCCGCUUCACAACUCCAUGGGCGACGCCUCUGACGUCUACGUCCCCGAGACGCAGCUGGACCAACAGGAUCCCGAACAGCCCAGAGAGAGCGGUGUUUUCUCCGACGUCACCCACGAUACACUGCAGUCUCCCAACUGGGAACGCAUCGUCUACCUGUUCCACCGUCUCUUCGAGGCGCACUUCCUUCCCCUUCAGAUGACCAUUUUCGUAAUUUCCUCUACUCUUUACGUGUGGGUCACGGAGGGCAACAAGGAAGUUGCUCACCUCAGCUGGAUCUUCGACGUUUGCAACAUUCUGCGCACUUUCGGUUUCAUGGAAAUUGCGCUCUACCUCUUCUUGUAUGAGAGCUUCCACCGCAUCUGCGUCAAGUCCCGUCAACGUGAGAUGACCGAGGCUGGUCUGUCUGAAGGCAUGAACUUCUCUUACCGCAACGUCAAGAAGAACUUCAUUGACUACGCAAUGGUUCCGCUCGUCGCCCCUCUCUACGGUGCCAUUCCUUGCGCCCAGGCACAGUUGUGCCAUUUCUGGACGCUAGACUUGGUCUACUCCGUCAGCAAAAAGGUUACCCGGCAAAGAGCGAAAUCCCUCACGGCAGCCGAAAUCGCGUAA